CUAGUGGCUGGCUGAUGAAGAUGGCGGAGCUGCGCGAGCGUUGCAGGAUGCGCUCAAGCGACAUCAGCUCAAAGUUCUUUAUUUGACGUUAAUUUGAUUCGGAUUCGCGCGACCAUUCUGAAAGUGGGCAUUAAAAAAGAAUGAACAGGUGGUUCUCCUAGAAGUCUUUUCUCCCACCACAUUUGUUCAAACAGAUGCAUCCCCCAGAAAGUUUUUGACUUAAGGAGUAACGCUCGAAAGAACACAAGCUCUCUCUUCACAUGAUGCCUCCAGCUGCUUACCUGUAGAGCUGUUUUAUGGACAAAGGGGGUGCGAAACAAGAACUGAGAAUUCAGAGCAGUGGCGACUUCGUCGCAGGCUAUGGGGAUCAUGGUGACCUAGAUUUAAAGGUUGUUUCCUGGCAGGGCAACUCCACUCCUGUCUAGUUCCUGAUCUUCUUUUCCUCUACCCCUCUCUCAGUGAGAGUCUUGGCACUCUCUUUGUCCCUGUCAUCCCACCUGGCCCAGUCAGCCAUGGCUGGAGUAAGGAAGUUGGCUCGAGUUCUCCGGCAUCAAGGUCUCCACCGCUUGAUCUUAGCGCUCAUCCUCUUCUGCCUGCUCUCCAUGGCCUAUCUAGCUUACCACGUCAGUGCUGGACCCAAGAUCAAGGAGGCCCCUUUGCCGCUCCCACUGGGUGAUUGUGUCGCUGCAUCAUUAGUUGGUGGAAGACAAAGGACUCCACUAUACUUGCCAUCGCAAGUCAGCCUGCGGCGACACCCAGUAAGAACAGUGGACAACUCCCGGACAGAGCCUGUGAUACUACUCUUUGUGGAGAGCAUCUAUUCCCAACUUGGACAAGAGAUCGUUGCCAUUUUAGAGUCAAGCCGCUUUCAUUACCACACUGAAAUCGCUCCAGGGAAGGGAGACAUGCCUCCUUUAGCUUGGCGAGGUCGCGGGCGAUACACGCUCAUUGUCUACGAGAACUUGCUCAAGUAUGUCAACUUGGACUCAUGGAACCGGCAGUUACUUGAUAAAUACUGUCAAGACUAUGGAGUAGGAAUCAUCGGCUUUUACCGUGCUAAUGAAAACUCGCCAUCCAGUGCUCAGCUCAGAGGCUUCCCUUUAUUUUUGCGUUCCAACCUUCCACUUUGGGAUUACAGAGUCAACCCUGCUGCCCCCCUGCUCUACAUCACCAAACCUAAUGAACUGGAACCUGGCCCUCUUCCUGCAGACAACUGGACCACCUUCCUGUCCAACCACAGCACCUAUGAGCCGGUUCUGUUAGCUAGCCCCAGACCAGCAGAACCCAAUCAGGUCCCAACACACUCCCACCAACAGAGAGUGCUGCUGGCUACAGUUGUUCAGGACUUAGGCCUUUAUGAUGGAAUCCAACGGGUGUUUUUCGGUGGCAAUUUAUCUUUUUGGCUGCACAAGCUGUUGUUUGUGGAUGCUGUGGGUUAUUUAACUGGUAGACGGUUGAGUCUGUCGUUGGACAGAUUUUUGCUAGUGGACGUGGAUGACAUCUUUGUUGGGAAGGAGGGGACACGCAUGAAAGUGGCAGAUGUGGAGGCACUGCUUCACACACAAAACAAACUUCGUUCUCUGGUUCCCAAUUUUACCUUCAACCUCGGAUUCUCUGGCAAGUUUUUCCAUACAGGUACAGAUGAGGAAGAUGAGGGUGAUGAUACUCUACUCAGACACAGGCAGGAGUUCUGGUGGUUUCCACACAUGUGGAGUCACAUGCAGCCUCAUCUCUUCCACAACGUCAGCGUGCUUGCAGAACAAAUGAGACUCAACAAGCAGUUUGCACAGGAGCAUGGGAUCCCCACAGACAUGGGCUACGCUGUAGCCCCCCAUCACUCAGGUGUGUAUCCUGUGCACAGUCAGCUUUAUGAGGCCUGGAAAAGUGUGUGGGCCAUCAAGGUGACCAGCACAGAGGAGUAUCCUCAUCUCAGGCCUGCCCGCUACCGAAGGGGCUUUAUAUACAAUGGCAUACAGGUUCUCCCUCGGCAGACGUGUGGGCUUUUCACACACACCAUCUUCUAUAAAGAUUAUCCAGGAGGCCCUCAGGAGCUGGACAAAAGCAUUCGUGGAGGAGAGCUCUUUCUUACAGUGCUGCUUAAUCCAGUCAGUAUAUUCAUGACUCACCUGUCGAACUAUGGCAAUGACCGGCUGGGCUUGUACACCUUUGAGUCAUUGGUGAGGUUUGUGCAGUGCUGGACUCACCUGCGCCUGCAGACUCUGCCUCCCAUCCGCCUCGCUCACAAAUACUUCCAGAUUUUCCCUGACGAGAGAGACCCCUUGUGGCAGAAUCCAUGUCAUGACAAGAGACACAAAGACAUUUGGUCCAAAGAGAAGACCUGUGACAGACUACCCAAGUUUCUAGUGAUUGGUCCUCAGAAGACAGGAACUACUGCAUUGCACUUGUUUCUCUCCCUCCACCCUGCCAUUACCAGCAGUUUCCCCAGCACUGUCACCUUUGAAGAGGUGCAGUUCUUCAGCGGACCAAACUACCAGCGUGGCAUUGACUGGUAUAUGGAUUUUUUCCCUGUACCCUCUAACGCGAGCACAGACUUCUUGUUUGAGAAAAGCGCAAACUACUUUGACACAGAGACUGCCCCAAAGAGAACAGCUGCACUGUUACCCAGAGCCAAAAUAAUCACCAUACUCAUCAACCCCACUGACCGGGCGUAUUCCUGGUACCAGCAUCAGAGGGCUCAUCAGGACCCAGUGGCACUCAACUACACUUUUCAUGAGGUGAUCUCGGCAGGUCCUUCCUCUCCUGCAGAUCUGCUGUUGCUGCAUCGCCGCUGUCUGCAGCCUGGAGCUUACAGUAGUCAUCUGGAGCGCUGGUUACACCACUACCAGCCCAGCCAGCUGCUGAUGGUAGAUGGUGUGCAGCUGCGCUCCAGUCCUGCUCAGGUGAUGGAUGGCAUUCAGAAGUUUCUGGGAGUCGCACCGUAUUACAAUUACACUCAAGCACUUAUGUUUGAUGAGAGUAAAGGUUUCUGGUGUCAGAAACUGGAGGCGGGCCGCACUCGCUGUCUGGGAAAGAGCAAAGGAAGGAAAUAUCCAGACAUAAGCCCUGAGUCGAGGGCGUUUCUCUCAGAGUAUUACCGCGAGCAGAACGUGGAGUUGCUCAGGCUGUUUAAACGUCUGGGGCAGCCUCUGUCCAUCUGGCUCAGAGACGAACUUCACAAUGCUAGCUGGAGCUGAUGAGAACCUACACAAGGCGAUCCAUGCUAGAACCUUGUUCCACACAGGAGAACUCAGGAGGCCCGUGUGCAUCAGGCGCAGUAAGAUGGCAUCUGACCCUCUCGCCCUCCAUUAUCCACAUGGGCUGUGACAGAACAGAUGGCCAGAUCACGCUGUCAGUCCACACAAAAUCAGGUUGUCAGAGCCAACCACGUUACGUGAACUUGUAGAGGACAUUAAUGGAAUCAUGGAUACAUGAAAAUGAAAUGGGAACACCCUGAUAGACAGAGCCCAAAAACACUUCCAGAGUGGUUUGAGAUUCGCCAUGAAAUGCCCUUUUUGAAAUGCAAAUGUUAUCUCUUGGAAAAGGGGGAAUUGCACAGAGCCUUCAGGAGAGGAACAUUCUUGAAAUGCCUAUGAAAAGGAGGGACUGUGCAAGGAUUAUUUAAAUUUUGUUUUAAUUCUGCCAAGCAGAGAAUUAUUUAAAUAUGUGUUUCAAAAAUGUCAGCCUUCUUGCUGCUUUUCUUCUUACAAACAGCUAUAUUUAUGUGAUUUCUGUUAGAGACAGUUUACAACCAAACAAGCUAUAGAGAAGAAUUCAUGAAGAAUCAUCCAUGAGGCAGAUUUUCUUUUAAAAUGCAUGAAUUACGCAGGAUUUGUUUUUCUAAAGAUUUCAUUUCUGAAUAGCUUUGUGAUUCACAUGUACUGUAAUGGCUCUGUUCCAAAAGCUAGUGAGCUGCCUACACAGAUAGCACUUUAAGCCAUCAUAGGUAUGAUGCUGAGUCCCAAUGUAAAGGCUGUACCAAAAUUAGCACAAUUAUGCUAACUUUUAAGAUACUUUUGUUGCGAAGGCAAUCUCAAAAUGCAUGGUGGCUGAAAAUGUUCAUCCAAGAUGGUUGGCUAAUCAAGAUAAAUUUUCAUUUUUAUAAAUGUAUUCCUGCCAAUAUCUAAAAGUAUCAAUAAAAAUAAUAAUAAAAAAAAACAUACUAUUCACCUGUUAGCUUAGCAAUAUGCUAUGGAGUUGUAGCCUAUACUUAAGAGAUGUGCAAAUCGGUCACUUGUGAGGUUCCAUUUCAGUUAAGAAAGUGCCUCAGAAGGUUGCUGCCUAUGUAGGCAUCAGACAGCAAGGCAGCUCACUACAUUCUGGAACAGAGAUAAUAUCUGUUGAGUCCCGGAGAAUCAUUUUAAUCCUGCCAAACCAAACUGUACCUCCACAGACACAAACGUUUUGCCAAUAUGAAAAAUACUGUAUGCUGCAGACUUCUGUUGAUAAUGAGUGAAUGUUUAUUGUGUGUAUGUGUAGCAGUUGGGUAAAAAGUCUAUGAAUUCACAGUAAUGUGAUCAGACUUCAUGUCUGGUCUUUAAAGUAAACGCACACCUCGACAAAUAAAGGCACAGAUCAAACGAUGCUGCAUCUCAGGUCCCUCUUUUUAUUCAUCUUGGUUUAAAUGAAGGUGAACCAGGGGGACAGACAAUCUUAUCUCUUUCCUGCAGCCUAAUUUAUCAGAUGGAAGGAAGAGUUAAAGUU